AUGAACAACAAAAAAAGAAAAUUUGAAAUUGAAAAUGAACAAUUUAUAUCAUUAAAGAAUAAUGAUAUUUUUUUAAAAAUUUGGAGGAAUCUUGUAAUAAGGAAUGAAAUUUUAUAUCAUUUAAGAUUAUAUAAUAAACACUUUAAUAGUCAACCAUAUAGAACCAAAAAAAUUGAAGAUAUUUUGAAUUAUAAGUAUAAAGAAUAUUUUAAUCAUGUUCUUAUCUUUGGAACAGAUAAUGAAAAUGAUACUAUUGAACUACUACCACUACCACAUGGUAUUAAAUAUUUAUCACUUUUUAAAUUAAAACUUUCAUUAUUUAAUGAAAAUACAAUACCAACAUCAGUAGAUACUAUUUGUUUUAGAAAAAUGAAAUUUGAUAAAAAUAAUGUUAUACCUAAUAGUGUUAAAACUAUCAUAAUUGAUGAUGAUUGUGGGCCUUUAAAAGCUGGAAUAUUACCACCAAGUAUAACAUCAAUUCAAUUUAAUGGAGUUUAUAACAAAAACCCAUUAGAAGUUGGUUUUUUACCCUCAAGUGUUAUAUCUAUUGAUUUUGGUGAUUCAUUCAAUCAAUCUUUAAAAGGUAAUUGGCUAUCAUCAAAUAUUAAAUCAUUGAAAUUUGGUAAUGAAUUCAGUCAACCAAUUAGUGACAUUAAUAAUUUUUUACCAAAAUCAUUAACAUCAUUAAAUUUACCAUCAAAAUAUUUUGGUAGUAAUAUUAAAUUUAAUUGGAGAAUUAAUGGUUUAAAAUUUAUUUUUGAAAGAAAUUUAAAUAAUUUAUAUAAUUCAAAUUUAAUAUUACCAAAUUAUAUUACAUCAAUUAAAUUUAAUGAUGAGUUCAAUAGAUUAAUUAAAAUAAAUUUUUUACCAAUUAGUUUAGUAUCAAUUGAAUUUGGUUUAGAUUUUAAUAAUAAAUUUGAUUUCAGUGAUUUGAUAAAUCUUAAAAAAUUAAUAUUAGGUAAUGAUUUUAAUCAACCAUUAGAAGAUUGUGAAUUCCCAAUAAAUUUAGAACAUUUAGAAUUAGGUUACAGGUUUAAUAAAUGUUUAGACCAUUUUCAAUUCCCAUCAAAAUUGGAAUAUUUAAUAUUUGGUGGUACAUUUAAUCAAAGUAUACCAAGUGGUUAUUUUUUAAAUUUAGUAAAUUUAAAAUCAUUGGAAUUGGGUAUUGGAUUUAAAAAAAAAAUUGAUGAUGUUACAUUACCAUCAACAUUUACAUCAUUGAUUUAUAAUGUAGGUAAGUUUACCGAUUUUCCAUUUGGGUUACCAAAAAACAAUGUUGACAAAGAGAUUUCAAUUAAAUGGAAUGAAAGGCCAUUACUAAAAGGUAGUCUACCAGUUGGUGUAAUAUCAUUAUCAUUUUAUUAUAAUUUUAACCAUCCAAUUGAAAAAGGUGUUUUACCAAAUACAAUUAAAAAAUUAACAUUUAGUUAUUAUUUCAAUAAUAAUAUAGAGAAAGGAGUUUUACCAAAUUCAAUUGAAAUUUUAUCAUUUGGUGAUUAUUUUAAUCAAUCAAUUAAUAAAGAUGUUUUACCAAGUAAUUUAACUACAUUAUCAUUUGGUAAAUUCUUUAAUCAACCAAUUGAAAAAGGUGUAUUACCAAAGUCAAUUAUCAAUUUAACAUUUGGUGAUCAUUUUAAUCAACCAAUUGAAAAGGAUGUUUUACCACCAUCUUUAAAAGUUUUAAAAUUUAGUGGUAGUAAAUUCAAUCAAAUAUUUCAAGUUGGAACACUUCCAAAUAGUAUAACAAAUUUAGAAUUAGGUUCUAAUUAUAUCUAUGAUUUUCAAAUUGGUUCAUUACCAUCCUCUUUAAAAGAAUUAACAAUUCAUUCAAUCAUAUUCAAACAAGACUUUUCAUCAUCAUUUGAUGAUUACUUUACAUCUUCAUUAGAAACAAUUUACAUUAAUAAAUACUCAAACCUAAUUAAUAUCAUGGAUUCCAAUUUUUUUAAUAAAUUUAUAAAAUUAAUUUAA